AUGGAAUUGACCAAAAUGUCAGACAUGACAAAGCUUCACCAAGCUGUGGCUGUAGGGGACUACAAUUUAGUGAAAAAGAUUUUGAAGAAAGGUCUCUGUGACCCAAACUACAAGGACGUGGACUGGAAUGACCGGACCCCACUUCACUGGGCUGCAAUCAAAGGACACAUGGGGGUGAUGCACCUGCUGAUAGAAUAUGGAGCCAGGCCCUGCCUGGUGACUGAUGUAGGCUGGACCCCAGCUCAUUUUGCGGCUGAGUCAGGCCAUCUGAAUGUCCUCAAAACUCUCCACGCGUUGCAUGCCGCCAUUGACGCCCCUGACUUCUUCGGAGACACACCCAAAAGGAUUGCACAGAUCUAUGGGCAGAAAGCCUGUGUGGCCUUCCUGGAGAAGGCCGAGCCCGAGUGCCGGGGCCACCGCCGCGCCGCCCGGCAGGAGGGGCUGCCGCUGGAUGAGCGGGACGCAGAGUGGGACGCCAAGAAGAAAGAGCUAGAGCUGUCUCUUCCUUCCCCAAAUCAAAAUACUAAAAAAAAGAGCAAGAAAAGUCGAGGCCCCCACAGGUUCAGCAACAUCAAGGAGCAGAGACUAUGA